AACCGGCCGCGCGCAUGCGCAGCUCCCGCUGCCAGGCCUCCUUUGGUGCCGCCGGGCAGAGGAAGGCCGUGAGAAAUUUCCCGGCGGCGCGGAAGAUGCGCGCCACUUCCGGCAGGGCUCCUAACAACGGGGGAGGCUGGUAACUAGGGUGGGGGGGAUGGCGGAGCGGGCGCCGGAGCCCGAGGCGGAGGCGGAGGCGGAGGCGGGAGCAGGCGGGGAGGCGGCAGCGGCCGAGGAGGGAGCGGCGGGCCGCAAGGCGCGCGGCCGGCCUCGGCUCACGGAGUCGGACCGGGCCCGGCGGCGGCUGGAGUCCCGGAAGAAGUACGACGUGCGGCGCGUGUACCUGGGCGAGGCGCACGGACCCUGGGUGGACCUGCGGCGCCGCAGCGGCUGGAGCGACGCCAAGCUCGCCGCCUACCUCAUCUCGCUGGAGCGCGGCCAGCGCAGCGGCCGCCACGGGAAGCCUUGGGAGCAAGUCCCCAAAAAGCCAAAGCGGAAGAAAAGGCGGCGGCGCAACGUGAACUGCCUGAAGAACGUGGUGAUCUGGUACGAGGACCACAAGCACCGCUGCCCGUACGAGCCGCACCUGGCCGAGCUGGACCCCACCUUCGGCCUGUACACCACGGCCGUGUGGCAGUGCGAGGCCGGCCACCGCUACUUCCAGGACCUGCACUCGCCGCUCAAGCCGCUCAGCGACUCGGAGCCCGACAGCGACAAAGUGGGCAAUGGUGUGGGGGCCAGCAGCUCCCCCUCGUCCAGCUCGGGCUCAGGCUCGGACUCUGAGGACGCCCCGGAGGCCCAGCCUGUGAGAACGGCGGCGGUGGCGGCGGCCGUGACCCCCACCAGCCCGGUGGGCAGCAGCGGGCUCAUCACACCCGACGGCGUGCACAUCCCCUUCGGCGUGCACCACGUGGAGAGCCUGGCGGAGCAGGGCGCCCCGCUGGGCCCCAACCCCGCGGGCAGCGGCCCCGAAGCCUUGGAGACCGUGGUGUGCGUGCCCGUGCCCGUGCAGGUGGGCGCCGGCCCCAGCACCCUCUUUGAGAAUGUACCCCAAGAGGCGCUGGGCGAGGUGGUGGCCAGCUGUCCCGUGCCCGGCAUGGUGCCCGGCUCGCAGGUCAUCAUCAUUGCCAGCCCCGGCUACGACGCCCUCACGGCCGAGGGCAUUCACCUCAAUGUGGCCGCGGGGAGCGGCACCCCCAGCGGCGGCCUCGGCGAGGAGCUGCCCUGUGCCAUGAUGGAGGGGGUGGCUGCCUACACCCAGACGGAGCCCGAGGGCAGCCAGCCCAGCACCCUGGACACCACCGCCAUAGCCAGCAGCAUCGAGGCCAAGAAAGAGAAGGAGGACCUGUACCUGCUCAAGAGGGAGAAGGAGGAGCUGGCAGCCCCGGGGCUGGCGGAGCUGGCGGCCACCGUGCCCGAGAGCGCAGAGGCCGAGGCGGACGGGGAGGAGCUGGACAGCGGCGGGGCCAUGUCAGCCAUCAUCUACGAGAUCCCCAAGGAGCCGGAGAAGCGGCGUCGGAGCAAGCGCGCUCGCGUGACGGAUGCGGACGGCCUGCUGGAAAUGUUCCACUGCCCCUACGAGGGCUGCAGCCAGGUCUACGUGGCCCUCAGCAGCUUCCAGAACCAUGUCAACCUUGUGCACCGGAAAGGGAAGACCAAAGUGUGUCCCCACCCUGGCUGCGGCAAGAAGUUCUACCUAUCCAAUCACCUGCGGCGGCACAUGAUCAUCCACUCAGGUGUGCGUGAGUUCACCUGCGAGACCUGCGGCAAGUCCUUCAAAAGGAAGAACCACCUGGAGGUCCACCGGCGCACGCACACGGGCGAGACGCCCCUGCAGUGCGAGAUCUGCGGGUACCAGUGCCGGCAGCGCGCGUCGCUCAACUGGCACAUGAAGAAGCACACGGCCGAGGUGCAGUACAACUUCACGUGCGAGCACUGCGGGAAGCGCUUCGAGAAGCUGGACAGCGUCAAGUUCCACACGCUCAAGAGCCACCCGGACCACAAGCCCGCCUGACCCCUCCCAGCCUCCCACCGCCGCCCCUAUUUAUUCGUCCGCUUGGACACCGUGUGACUGGACCGGCCGGCCGGGGAGGAGCCCCGGACAGCCGCCGCGGGGGUGCGGGGCCGCGGGCCGGAAGGAGGCGCCCCUCCCCCAGCUCCCCGGGCCCGGGGCUGGGUCCCCCCCCUCCCACACCCGCCCGGUCACAUCCCAGCUCCGGAACUGUCGCUCGGGCUGCGCUGCGCUGCGGGAACUGUGUGUGGAGAAUGGCGAGAUUAA